CCCGUUCGCUUGUCUCCCGUGGGCAAGCCUGGCUUGCGAGUUGCUGAUUUCGCUUCGGUCAGCUGCUCCCAGCGUCAGGGAGCGCGAGCCGCCGGGCCCAGGCUGUGGGGUCCCUGCUGCGAGCUGCAGGAUGCCUGCGAGCCCGAGCUCCGCUUGCAGUGCUUCUCACAGCCUCCCCGACCCGGCCUCGAGGACUGUCGCACAUGAGGGGCCAUGGCCACGCCGCCGCCGCCGGCAACGGGCGUUCCCGCGGGCCCGCGAGAGCGAUAGUCGGCGCUCGUCUCGUCGUCGUCUCCCGGACCCGCUCUGGCUCAGGCUGGGACGUCACCACCCAUGGCCCUCCCUUCAUGAAACCGCAGCCGCCACGGGCUGCAGGACCGGGGGGGCCAUGCCGUGGGACUCGGGCAGGCAGAUCUGGAUCCCCGGCGAGCAGAUCUGGCUCCCGAUCUUCCAGGAGCUCGCCCCCGACUUUCCGGCCCCCGGCAGCUCCCGCGCGCAGUGGGGGCACUUCGCGCUCAGCUGUGGCUCGUGGCCGGGCGUACUGCUCGCGCUCGGGGCCGCGGUAGUCCUCUGGGUGCUGUGCCAGUCCUGCAUGAUCGAAGAAGAACAAACCCGCGCGGCGCUCCUCGCGGCGUCCGUCGCCGAAGACGACGUGCGUCCUGAGCCUGCUGGCGGUGGCGGUGGUCGCGGCGGGAGCUGUCAUGUGCGUCUGCACGUCGGCGGGCGCCACGGGCCGCCUUGGCGCCGACGCCACGGUCGCCGCGCAGCUCGGGGACGACCUGCUCUCGGACGGCUGGGCGAUCGGGCGCGCCCUCGGCGCACUCGCGCGCGAUUGCCCCGCUGCCGCGCAGCCGCCCGUCGAGGCGUAUGUGCGCUCCGCGAACGGGAGCCUGUCCGCCUUCGCCCUGCAGGCGCAGCGGUACGCGGACACUGUUCGGCCGGUGACAGGAUCGGGGCGGUGAAGUCCACCACUGCGGGCUUCCGCCGGCUGGUGCUCCUCGGCCUCCUGGUGCCGCUGGGGCUGAUGGUGGCUUGCGUGCUGGCGCUGGCGGCGGCAGCGAGGCUAUCCAGGAGGAGCUGGAAGGCAGGCUGUUGCAUGCACUGUCUCGUGCCCGCGUUCUUGGCCCCCGCAGCGCUGGCCGCGGCCGCAGCUGCUGCCGCGCAGCUGGAGUUGGGCGUGGCGCUGGGCAGCUUCUGUGAAAACCGCGACAGCAACAUGGUGGAUUACGUAAGCUACCUCGAGGGCAACGAGUCCACGAUGGCUCUGCUGGUAAGCUUCUACGUGUCGAGCAACGCCUCUGGGGUGAACCCGCUGCUGGACUAUCAGCGUGGGGCCGCCGCCAACGCGACCGCUCUCGGAGACAGUGUCGACGCUCUCCUGAGGGAGGACGCCGGGAGUGGCAACAUCACAACGUUGUGCCCGCGUUGGAGCGGAGCCACAGCAUGACCGCGGCUGUAGGCCGUGUCGAGCACAGCCUGAGCAGGGUCGAGGACGUCCUCUCGUGGGGGCGCGUGCACCCGCUCUACCUCGAGGCCGUGCACGACGGGACGUGCGGCUCGGACGUGGCGGCCCUGGGCUGGCUGGUGCUGGUCCAGACAUUGGCCGGCUUGGCGUUCUUCCCAUGCGUGGCGCUGCAUCUGGGCGGUACGCCCGCGCGGUGGCAGCGCGCCAGGAGGCCGAGUCGGCCAGACUCAUACCGCGCGCCCACACCGAGUCGACCGAGUCGGGGGCGGCCUGACGCGGCGCCGCGCCUCGCCGAGGCGUGCCCGGGGGCACUUCUUCGAUGUCCCACCUCUUACGUAGCGUAGCCAUUUGUCAGAAUUCCGUUUCCUUUAAGAAGCCCCCUGCUGUUCUAGAAGGUUGGCCCCCCAUAGCUGGCCCGCCUUGCACUGCAGGCUUUCAAAGUGCACGCUUGGAGGACAUAACAGCUUAGUGCGUCAAUAGGUGCAUCCGAUGCUACAGAGCAUUCCUGCCAUGGCGCUGUGUGACAGCGGGUGGUGGAAUCUUCUCCAGGCGCGGGGCAGACCGAUCAGCGGCUGCCCGCAGAGGCGGCACGGAAUGGCUGGGCCAUCACCGAUGGCUGAUUUUGCACAUUCGCGGAGGACGAGGGGGGAUCGCAGGCGGGGGCGAGGGGCACGUGAUGCUGGCCUUCGCGCGGCGCAGCUGCCGGAGCCGCCCAGCAGGUCGGAUCAGGUCAGAUGGUGCCUUCCAACGCCACAGAGCACGGUUGCCAUGACGCUACAAUAUUGCGGGGAAUAGAAACACCGAGCAGACCGCCGGGGAAAGGGACAUGACCAUGAAAGUAUGUUCGCAACAGUUACCGCGCGUAGUAUAGUGUACAUCCUUCGAUUGAUUGGGCUCGCGAGUGUGAGACGUUCCGCAACAUAUGUGCACUACGUUUCGGGCGGAGGCCCGCAUACUUUAUUUGCGGCUCCCACAUUCCGCCUCUGUGCCCGGGCUGCCUCUUUGGAGCCUCCUGGAGGCCUCUUUGGGGCUCCUUGGGGGCCUCUCUGGGGCCUUGGAUCAAAGCAUCGAGUUCGGCCUCACUUCCUACCUGGGCACCUCGGCCUGCACAAACCUCUGGGCGCGCGUAACGGGGGUCAGCCAAUCCCCUCUGGCUGACCUGGGUUCGGGAGACACGUGGAGCCGACCCCCUCGCCCCAGGUUUGCGAGCUACUUCGUCGCCAGCCGGGUUUCGCGACCUGGCCUUGGCUGAUCGUGGUCAGCGCUGGCCCGCGUUAGCGCGUCCCCGAGAUGUUUCUAUGCCACGCCUUCUUUUCUCUCCAUCCUGGUCUUUGAGCAACUCCAUAUCCCCGCAAUCCCCCAUCUCCAGAAUCUUCAGUUCUUCUUUUGAC